AUGUCCGAGAUUCUUGCAAUUUUCGGCGCCACUGGUCAACAAGGCAGCUCUGUCCUGAACCAUGUGCUGAACGACCCAGAGCUCUCCCAACAGUACAAUAUCCGGGCCAUCACCCGCGAUGUCAACUCCGAGAAGGCGCAGCAAUUGAAAGCGAAAGGGAAUGUCGAGGUUGUUGAUGGUGACGUGAGCGACCCCGCCUCGCUAGCAAUAGCCUUGACCGGCGUGCAUACGGUCUUCGCUAUGACCACACCUGACCUUAGCCCCGACGCGUUCGAAGUCGAGCUCGGUAACGCUAAGCGAAUCGCCGAUGUCGCUGUUCAGCAAGGUGUGGAUUAUCUUAUCUGGAGCACUUUACCAGCAAUUCGCGAUAUUUCCAAGGGCAAAUACAGCGCGGUCAUCCCCUUCGAUGCCAAGGCCGCGGCCGAGGAAUACAUUCGCACUCUUCCUAUCAAGAGUGCGUUCGUCUCGCUCGGCUCAUUCAUGGAGAACUUCCAGGCACACCCCUUUUUGGCCCCCACUCAGGCUCCCGAUGGUACCUAUGUGUUAGCCCGUCACACUUCUCCACAGGCCCAAUUCCCAUUACUCGAUGCUGUUGGUGACACUGGGAAGUUUGUGGGCGCUAUCCUCGCGGAGCCUGAGAAGUUCCAGGGUAAGAGACUCCAUGCCGCUACGAAACUGUACAGCGUGGAGGAAAUCACCGCCCUCCUGUCCAAGAGUUCCGGCAAGACCAUCGUCUAUAAACAGAUCUCCACCGAGGAAUUCAAGGCAGGCUUGCCCUUCUUCCAGGAUGUUUUCGCGGAGGGAUUCAGCUUCAUGGAGGAUUAUGGAUAUUUCGGCCCUGGCUCGGAGGCGUUGGUUGCAGAAGCUGCUGCAGCCGCCCGGGGCAAGCUCUCCACUUUCGAGGAAUACUUGGAAAGACACCCAUUCCGGCUUUAA